UUAGUUUGGAGCAGGUGACGUUAGACGGAUGAGGGCGGUGUUUGUGUGAAUGGGGGCAAACACAUUGGUACUGGGGUCCGAGGGGGUUUUGUGUUUAGUUGCUCAGUCUGAGGAGGACAAAUACACUUUUGGAGGACGGGUGAUCGGGAUAAUACAGCUAUGCAGUUACAGGAGUGGUUACGUUCUCUUCGUUUCGGUGGAGAUGUGAAGUCUGAAGUGGAUAAUCUGAAGAGUCUCGUCCCAUCUCUCCCAUUAUCCUUCUCUAUAUCCUCGCUUUCCUUCUCUUCAUCAUCUCUCAUAGGUUUAGGAGCACUAGCCUCUCUUACAACAUACUGGCUAGUGACCCGACCAAGACCCAUCCAGCCUCCAUGUGACCUGCAGGCCCAGUCCGUACCUGUACAGGGAGAGCUCUGUUGUAGACGAUCUGCUUUACUAAAGGAUGAUAAUCUACUGGAGUUUUACUACGAUGACACUAAAACAGUUUACGAUAUGUUUCAGAGAGGACUUCAAAUAGCAGGAGAUGGCCCAUGUCUUGGCUUUAGGAAACCCGGAGAGCCCUAUCAAUGGAUCUCUUACACUGAAGUAAAUCAACAGGCACAGGUGUUGGGAUCAGGUUUGUUAGCAAAGGGUUGUAAACCAAAUCCAAAACAGUUUGUGGGCAUCUUUGCACAGAACAGACCAGAGUGGGUCAUUGCAGAAUUGGCCUGCUACACAUUCUCUAUGGCAGUAGUGCCGCUGUAUGAUACACUGGGAUUAGAGGCAAUGCUUCACAUCCUUAACCUGGCCGAGAUCUCUGUGGUGAUUUGUGAUAAGGAGGAUAAAGCAGAAUCUCUAUUAAAGAACAAGGAGAACGGAGUGACUCCCUUUCUCUCCUGUCUGGUGCUCUUUAACCCUUUCAGCGCCGCCCUGCUGGAGAGAGGUCGCAAGUGUGGGGUGGAGAUACUACAACUUUCAGAGAUUAUGAAGCUGGGAAAAGAAAAUUUACAGACGCCUGUGCCGCCUCAGCCACAGGACUUGGCCGUUGUUUGUUUCACCAGUGGGACCACAGGAAAGCCUAAAGGAGCCAUGAUCACGCACGGUAACAUCGCUUCAAACACCUCCUCUGUCAUCAAAAUCCUGGAGGGGUUCUUUGUGAUUCGUCAAGAGGAUGUGUCAAUCUCUUAUCUACCACUCGCCCACAUGUUUGAGCGCAUGAUCCAGGUGUCGAUGUUCUGUCACGGUGCAAGAGUUGGUUUUUACCAGGGUGACAUCUCUCUGCUGAUGGAUGACAUUAAGACCCUGAAGCCCACUUUCUUCCCUGUGGUCCCUCGAUUACUCAACCGCAUCUAUGACAAGAUUGUGGGCUCGGUUACAUCACCGUUGAAAAGAGCUCUUCUACAUUACGCCGUGAGGAGGAAACAGGCAGAACUGAGCAGUGGAGUCGUCAGAAACAACAGCCUGUGGGACAGACUCAUCUUUAAUAAGAUACAGGCCAGUCUGGGUGGAAACCUGCGUUUUAUUCUCACUGCGUCCGCACCGAUCUCUCCCACUGUUCUGUCCUUCCUCAGGGCCACGCUUGGCUGUCUGAUUUUCGAGGGUUACGGGCAGACGGAGUGCACUGCUGGCUGUACCUUCUCUAUGCCUGGUGACUGGAGUGCAGGUCAUGUAGGAGCUCCUUUACCCUGUGCCAUGGUGAAAUUAACAGACAUCUCUGACAUGAACUACUAUGCCAAGAAUGGAGAGGGAGAGAUCUGUAUCCGGGGUCCCAGUGUUUUCCGGGGCUAUCUGAGAGAUGAGGAGAGGACAGGAGAAGCUCUGGAUGCUGAUGGUUGGCUUCACACUGGAGAUGUGGGACAGUGGCUACCAAAUGGGACAUUGCGGAUUAUAGACAGGAAGAAGCACAUAUUUAAGCUGUCACAGGGCGAGUACAUCGCUCCAGAGAGGAUAGAAAACAUCUACACUCGCUGCGUUCCAGUACUUCAGGUCUUUGUACAUGGAGAUAGUCUACAGUCUCACCUCAUAGGCAUCGUAGUACCAGACCCCGAGGUGUUUGUCAAUUGGGCCAAAGAGAGAGGAAUCGUGGGAUCAUCAUAUGAAGAACUCUGUCAGGAUCCAGAUGUGAAGAAGGCCGUGCUGGAGGAUAUGACAUCAGUGGGAAAGGAGGCGGGACUUAAGUCAUUUGAGCAGGUGAAGGAUUUAUACUUACACCCUGAAAUGUUUAGCGUGUCGAACGGCCUCCUCACACCAACCCUGAAGAGCAGACGCGUGGACAUACGAAGAGUUUUCAGUGAGCAGAUCAGACAAAUGUACAGUAAAUCAUCCAUAUAGAGACCUGUACGUGCAGUACAGUAUAUCCUCCAGCAGAUAUUAUUGCAUAGACGAAACAGACUAGCAUCUCAAUUCUGCUGCCGCACAAGCAUUUAUUAACCAACCUAACAAUAGACUCUCUAAACAUGAGCGAUGCUACUGAAUUGAAACUGUUUUUAUGAAUUUAUACUGUAUGAGGGAAUAUGAAGCGUUAGCAAACACUGCUGUAUACUUCUUACUGUACAGACACAUCAACAGUGCUGUUGGGCCAGAGAUUAAAGCUACUUUAAGAGUAGUUAUUGUUUUUAGAAUAAGCUAGUAUAGUAUCAUUUUAGCCUGAACCGAGGUUGUAUAGACUUGACACUCUUUGUCCGUUGCAGUAAUUCCUAGAUAAGGAAUGUUGGGAUAUUUGCAGUAAAUUUUAUAGCUAUUUUACAGCUCUAGAUUUUCUUUUAAAAACAAUGAUGUUGCACGUUUAAGAUGACUUGAAAUUCUCAUUUUCAAUUGUAUUUGGUUUGAUGGCACAUCUGACUAUUUGUACAUUUUGAAACACCGUUUCUAAUUUCAACUUGUAGAGAUGUACUUUAUUUGACUUUGUUUUUAUUCCUUUGUCAAUAAAAUAAUUACAUGUUUCAA